AAAGAAUUUCUUACUUCAUCUCUUCGAUACAAUUCGCAUGAAUAUGACACCAAAAUAUCAUGACAAAAUCUAAAAGGACUUACCAAGGCAAAAUUUGUUAAUCAAGUGUCUUUGGUUGACUUCAACUCUCCGGAUUCAAGAACCUAAUUCAUCAAAGUGCUCGAAGACAUUUUAAUAAAUAAUUUAUAAAUUUUCAAAUAAAAUGAUAAUACGUUUGUUAAUAAUUUUGAAACCAUUUUCGAUAAGAAGGGAGAAAUAAAGAUAAUUCCUUUUUUUUUAGGAAUUCGCUUUUCAAGAUGACGAGUCAGGAAUUCUUCAAGAUAGCGUGUGAAUUCGUUUUGUUUCUUUGUUUCGUUUCGGUUGGAUUUAUUCUACAAGUUUCGACUGGGCUCUACAGCGUAAUGACUAGCAACGUUUUCUGCCUGUUUUAUUAUUUUUUAUCUUUCCAUCUUCCUUUGAUUUUCAUAUUAUCCGUUCUUCUACUGUCACACUGAUACGAUUUUUUAAAUUUUUAUAAUUUUUAUUUAUUUACUUUCUUUUGAUUUCUUUAAUAACGUUGAUUUUUAUUAAUAAGUAAAUUCAAUGUACUAUUAUUAAAUCAAAUUUAAAAUAAUAAAUGAAGCAUAUUAUUAGAA